AUGGCGUAUCGUGUACGGCACAGUCAAUACCGACACACAAGAGCUUCAAAAUUGCAACCUCGUAAGCCAUUCGCUUACCGAGAAUACAACGAUAUAUCUUUCGAGGCAUUUAGGGAAAAGAUAAACAACGAGCGCGAUUUUGUUGAGAGCUUCCUCGAGCAUAGCGAAAGCCAAACACCGUGCUGGAACACUCAUGUUAUCCGGAACUUCUACCAAAUCUCAACUCAAACAUCAUCAGUACUACCACAGCCUGAGAUCUAUCUGGACGAUCGGGAGCGUGGGACCGAUAGAAGCCGCGACUAUCCGUCUGCACUCACUGCAGAGAAGCUACGCCAACAUUUAGAAGUCGAACGGUUUGGCGAAGGCGGCCUUCCAGAUGUCGACUACAGGCAGAUUCGAAUCCACAAUCUAGAUCCAGAAUCGUUACUGGCCCUGGCUCGCACUGCAGCAUGCCACCAGAUUGAUACGCUCCGGGACGCAUUUGCGAAACACAUCUCCGGCGCAACAUCGUUUCGCGUUCACGAAAGGGUAGACGGAUUUGUGACUCCUCGUCUCGAGCUUCAUCUUCCAUAUUUGACUUUGCGAGAGGUUACUUGCUCGAGCGACCAGUGGAAGAAUCGCGAUAUGACCCAGGAUGGGGAGAGCUGGUUGGAUCUACCUUUGCCAGGCUCUGACUCAGACGCAGCAAACCAAUCCAAACGGUUUCUCAUUGAAAAGGCACACAUCUCCAUCGUUCUGUGUGUCUGGGACUACUCCAAAUGGGUUGGAUAUGCUUUCUCGAAGGGCGGUCCUGCGCGUAAUCCCGAUGCUGAACCUGAUGAGGACGAAGAGUCAGACGGAGAACAUAGCGACGCCGAAGAUGACGACCCAAUACCCAAAGAGGAUGUCUUCGCACCACUAGAUGGGGAUCAUGGCUUAUUCGCAGACAAGCUUAUCCGUGACCCGAGAGAAUACUUUUUACGUAUUGUCAACGUCUGGAUCAUCCUCGUCUUGCGAGAAUACACAUAUCUUGUACGGGUGCUCGAGGCAUGCGUGAGAACUUGGCAAAAGGAAUAUCGGUGUGCAUUUUCAAGCGUCUCUUGCAAAAGACCGCAAGAAAGUGUUAUGCAAAUAUUCGACAACAUCGUCAAAACGGUACAGCUCCUGCGUUAUAUCCAGGAACAAUUAUCUCUCGCUACCCAAGCUUGGAAAGAUUUCAGUGAUCCCCAUGGAGAUAUUAACUGCUUCGACGAUAUCAGGGAUACUCGCGCAAGGGUCACCUUGAAGUGCAUCAAAACUUCUUUUAGGGAACUAAUGAGUCUUGAGAAGAUUAUAGCAAAUCUGAUCAAUUUCUGUGAGGUCUCGGCGAAGAAUCUGAAACUAGGGAUGGGACUUGAAAGCCAGUUUCUCAACUACGAGAGUAACGGGCUGAAUCACCAAAGCAUUCACUUCCAGAGGGAGACUCACAAGGGAAAUCUUGAAAUUCAACGCAUCAGCUACAUGACCCAAGAGCUGAAUCGCCUCAGCACUGAGGCUGCACUAAGGACAAGUCAUACUACGCGACUGAAUGUUCUUGUAUGUCCGUAUCCUUUCAUGCGCUCUGCUCUUGUGUUGACGUCCGCUUAG